AAGAUUAUCGAUAGUAGCUCGUUGAUUUUGCAGCUCAAGUAUAAAAUAUAACUUAAAUUAAUCACAGAAAAUGGCUGGAACCGCAAACUCUUCUGCAAAAUCCGAGGUCAUCGAUCUCACAAAACUCAGUCCUGACCAACUGAUGCAAAUUAAACAAGAGUUUGAUCAGGAAAUGAGCAAUAUACAAGACUCGCUAUCAACACUGCAUGGUUGUAAAGCAAAGUACGCCGGAUCUAAGGAAGCACUGGAAGCGUUUCAACCCGAUUGGGAGAACCGUCAAAUAUUGGUGCCGCUGACGAGUAGUAUGUACGUGCCGGGUCGUAUUAAAGAUCUUAACAACUUCGUUAUUGAUAUUGGCACAGGCUAUUAUAUCGAAAAGGACUUGGAAGGCUCCAAGGAUUACUUCAAGCGUCGUGUCGAAUAUGUGCAGGAGCAGAUUGAAAAAAUUGAAAAGAUUCAUAUGCAAAAGGCGCGUUUUCUAAACUCUGUGAUGGGUGUGCUCGAAGUGAAACAAGCAGCUGCUGUAAAAAUGAUCCAACAACAGCAACAGCAGCAGCAGCCGAAGCAAACCGCCUAGACCUUAUGAUGUGUUAACUAAGGCGCAGAGCAAAGCUGAUUAAAUUAUUUAACAUGUAAACAAUAUUUGUGCAUUUAUUAAAUUGUUCAACUAUUUUU